AUGAUGCUCAUCAAUCACGUGCCCCUGGCCCUCUUGGCGGGCGGUGCCGUUGCCUCGCCCCUCACUCUGGCACCGCGCACCUGCUACCCUAACGAGAACGACAAGCAAUUGUGCUACCGCCCACCCAACGGGGAUCCCCAGGGCGUCGACAUCAAGGACGUGCAGUUCAUCGCGACCUACCUCCGCAACUAUGGUGCACAGACUCGCGCCGGCCGCCUCUUCAACAUGGCCGCCAAGGACACGUCCGGCUGUGGUGAGUGGCAGGUCUACGCGCACGGCACCGCGCAGGCCGUUGCCAAGCACAUUGACCCGAGCGUCGACACGAGCGUUUUGUUCGCCGACAUUGCGACCACCAUCGACGGUGGAGCGAAUGCGACGCCCGCUCAGCAGGCCGCUGCUCUGAUCGGAUGCGGCACGGAUGGCGGGUCCCUGGGCGUUGCCGUCAAUGCCUCGAACCCGGCCUAUUCGGGGUCGACCUACCCCAAGGGUUAUGUGACCAAGGGCAUUGUUGUCAAGAUUGUCAUGGCCGGGUCAGGCCACCCGCCACGGCAAAGGCGCAAACCCGGUCAGGCAAUGUCAUCAGAAGGAUUGUUCAAUGACAGACAUCCUGGACAGACUGGGAGUUCUGCAUUAACCCCGCUCGUCUACAUGGUCUGCCUGUGCGAGUUGGCACGUACUGACUCUAUCAACUGCCAUGCAAGGAAGCCGGCAGUCAGUUCGUCAUACACUUUUUACCGGGCGCUCGAACCAAGACCGCUGCCUCUCGCACCCGCUCCUAUGUCAAUCUUUCCCUUUGCUUCUCCGUCUCAUGAACUCCCAUACCGAUACCAUACCGACCACCCCUCUCUUCCAAUCUGGCCCCAACUGUUCUCAAUGGCGCACACGUUUCGCCUUCAACACUUGGUCGUGGCCUUACUGGCGUUCUCGUCGUGCACCAUCGCGGUGGGUAUACCCGACAUCUACACCGUCCAGACUGGCAACGGCCCAGGGAGCUGCGAUGCCCACGCGGCGGUGCUCGACGAGUGGCUUGAAGAAUGCAUCUUUAGUACUGAUGCGGCCCUUGACGCCAUUGACACAUACGACCAGUCUAAGAGCGUUCGGAAUGCUAUGUAUGCAUUUUUUCGCGUCCCAACGACGAGCAAAGGCGACUCGGAUAUCAUCCAGGAAAUCAGAAAGUUUAUUGAAGAUGUGUUUGACUUUUACAACAUGAGUCCAGUAAAUGACAAGACCAACUUCUGGCUACAUUGUGACAGCACCUUUCUAUCUGAGCACCAGACGACCGACGCAGCAUGGGACUUGAAUGGAAAAGAGAUGCACAACAGUAAAAACGAGUUAAUCCUCAUCCAGGAUGUGGACGAAUACAAGUUGCAAGUCUCUGGUAAGGAGAAGCCGUGGUGGCCUACCAAUAUCACCGACUUGAACGGAUACUACUUUGACGAGGAUGGUGGUCACUUUUGCAGCGCCACGAACCUUGGUGUCACAGCAAGUAUUCGGAGGAUUGAAAGACGACCGAACGGCAGCACUCUUGCGCCCAAAGACGAGAGGAUAGCGAGCAUAAUUAUAUGCCCAUCUGCAUUCAGCAACCCCCGGGCGCCGAACAACUAUCGGGACGCAAGUAACAACAUCGUGCUGCCCGGUAAAAGUCUUGGCGACUGUCUACCGAAAAGCGCGACGCUUCUUCAUGAGACCUUCCAUGCGAUCUUUGGGGAGGUUAUGCUUGCAGGCCCAGCCGAAAAGUAUGACAUAGCCGAUGUUAUUAACCUCAGCGCGCUAAAAUCACAGAAGAACAUUGAAAACUAUGUUUUCUUUAUCGCCCACAUGUAUCUCUUGUUUGGUCAGGCCAAUGCGAAAAACCCACAGGAUCCUGUGUCUGUACCUAAGAACUGGGACUUCAAGGUGACUGGCACCAGAGGCAAGAAGACAUACGGAGCUGUAAAUAUCAUACCUUGA